AUGCGACAUGGGCCACGGCGACGUUCGUCGAGGCGUCCAGGGAACGAAGACAGAGCGAACUCGGCCAUGGCCUUCCUCACGAUCGUAGCACCCAACAGCAACAAAGAACGAGAAUUGAUUGAGUACGCCCAAGCCGUAAUGGCCCGUGGAGUUGACCCCAAUGACAACUAUGACCAUCUUGGUUGGGAGAUAUCCAGGGUCGGUCGAAGUGCUGUUGGAGCUGCUGCUGCAUAUGGCUACACGCAGCUACUCAUCUUCUUGGUCGCACAAGCCAAUUGUUCCGUCACAUCAGGGUACAACCAUGCAUUGUAUUAUGCAGUGCGGGCAAGAGAAUAUGAAAGCAUGACUGCGCUAUUUGAUCACCGGGGAGAGGAUAUUUGCUCCAUGUGGAAGAACCACUCCGAUGAUAAGUGUGCUUUUUGGGCCCGCGCUAUAUGGUUCAUGGCAAUUAAACGAAGGGAUGUCAAAGCUGUUUGGAUAUUGCGCCAAAGGGGCAAGGCAACGUUUUCAUAUCACUCUUUGGGUAGCAGCACUAUGGCAAGGACGAUCAAGUCAUUUCUACAGAGACAACUGUACCCCGACACCAAUGUUCUAUCGUGGAGCAAAACCCUGCACUGGUCUUUCCCGGUAACGGACCGUCAAAUGAUCAACUGGCUGUGGUAUCAUGUAAGACCAAGCAUUGACGACCUCCCAGAAGACGCCUGGUUAACCAUCUUUAGCUUUGUGGGAAGGGAUUGGUGGGGUGGAAAAAUUGCUCUCCGGGAGUGUUCUGAAGCUGGCGGUAUGGCCUGGAGAAAGCUCAGCACCGAAGAAAGGAAUCUUUCGGGCUGA